UGAUAUUGAUGCCGCAUUCUGAAUUUAAAUACGUAAUCUGUAAUUCAUCUUUAUAAACAAGCUCUCAACAUCAAACUGCUGCCGGAUCCUUUCAUGGACCGACACGUCACCUUGCAAUCGAUUGCUUACAUAAUGACAAUCGAGGCCGAGAAGAGGAAAGCAGAGGAAAUGGAGAACCCCCUCUCGGCCCUUAUCUAUUUCGGAGACUAAUUAAUAAAUGAAUUAGGUACAGAAAAACCCUAAUUCCAUCCAAAUUUAUAAAAUUUCCUAAAUUCUUAGGUUCAGAGAAAACGAUUCAAUCAGGACAAGUAUCGAAGGAGAUUUUUUUUCUUUUUCUUUUUCUUUGGGGAUUUUGUUGAAUUUGGAUAGAUAGAUCGAUCCGAUCGGUGCUGCUUGAACACGAAACUGUGGUUGAAGGAGGAAAUUAGGGUAGAGGAUAGGUAGAUAGAGAGGAGAGAGAGAGAAAGAGAGAGAGAGAAGAGAAGAAGAAGAGACGAGGAGAAAUAGAAACUAUGUCUGCCAUAGUGUGCGGGAAGAGAUCCUUUUUUGAAGAAUUGACAGUGACAAGCCCUCCCGUUUCCAAGAGAAUCCGCUGUUCCCCUUCCUCUCCUGUUCAUUUCUCUCCUCCAAGGUCAUACAACGCUGUUUCUGUCUCCUCCCCCUCCUUCAAUCAAUCGUCUUUGCUUUUCAUCGAGAAACUCGUUGCUCUUUUCCCUGAUAUGGACAAGCAGAUUCUUGAGAGAGCACUUGAAGAAUGCGGUGAUGAUUUAGAUUCAGCUAUCAGAAGUUUGAAUGAGCUUCGGUUAGCUUCGGCUGAGAACAACGUGGGAUCCAAUGUACUUAGAUCAGACGUACUCCUUGAGUCUAAUGUCCAACAAGGCAUAACAAUAACUAUUAUGGAAGCUCCAUCAACUGAUGAUCUAUCAGCUACACCACAACUUCCAAUGGAUGGUGCAGAGUGGGUAGAGCUAUUUGUUAGGGAAAUGACGAGUGCCUCAAACAUGGAUGAUGCUAGAGCUCGUGCUUCAAGAGCACUGGAAGUUCUGGAGAAGUCUGUCUGUGCGCAUGCUGGAGCAGAGGCAGCCAAAAGUUUUAAACAGGAAAAUAUGAUGUUGAAGGAACAAGUGCAAGCACUGAUUCAAGAAAAUGCAAUUCUCAAGCGAGCUGUAUCUAUUCAGCAUGAGCGUCAAAAAGAGUUUGGAGAUAGGAACCAGGAGUUGCAGCAUCUGAAGCAAUUAGUGUCCCAAUACCAGGAGCAGUUGAGAGCCUUGGAGCUGAACAACUAUGCAUUGACAAUGCACUUGAAGCAGGCUCAACAAAGCAACUCAAUCCCUGGCCGUUUCCACCCAGAUGUCUUCUAGCGAAACCGUUGUCUAUUAUGGAAUAUGAAAAGAUCCUAUUACACUGCGAGUAUUUGCAUUCAUUUGGUGCUUGACUGCAAACGUGGAUUAUGUGAACCAAUGGCAGGCUGCAUUCAAAAUUAAAAGACCAAUUUAGUCUCUUUCAAACUAAACUUAUUGUCUGGAUUUAGUUUUUAAAUGUGUUGUAUGUUCAUAAAAAUUAUAGGUUUUAUAUGCAAAAGAUUUGUCAAAUAAUUUU